ACCAAUAAUUUAUUAAUUUCACAGCUUUUCCUUUUCUCUAUAAGCUCCUUCCUUGGGAGCCCCAUCCUUUUGACUUUCUGCUUUUUAAUCUUCUUCCUUUCAAAAGUUUGAUCAUAUGGAUUCUCCUUUCAAUUGCCUUUUGUUUGAUUUGGAUGAUACCCUUUACCCUUCAAGCACUGGAAUAGCUCAGGGUAUCAAGAAAAACAUCGAUGAUUUUCUAAUUGAGAAAUGUGGAAUGUCGGUGACGAAAGCUUCAAAUCUCAGAGUCGAACUCUUCAAAACUUACGGCAGCACCCUCGCCGGAUUGCGACAGGCGUUAGGGUAUGACAUCGAUGCCGAUGAUUACCACGAUUUUGUCCAUGGGAGAUUGUCAUACGAUGUGAUCAAGCCAGACCCUCAGCUAUGUUCUCUGUUACGUAGCAUCACCCAAAGGAAAAUUAUAUUUACGAAUUCGGACAGAGUUCAUGCGGUUAAGGUAAUGAAAAGGUUAGGAAUAGAAGACUGUUUCGACCAAACCAUAUGUUUCGAGACACUGAAUCCUAAUUUGUCAGAAUCGAAGUGUGUCGUUCUCAAGCCGUCGACGGAUGCCAUCAAAAUUGCUCUUCACGUCGCACGUGUAGAUCCCCCACGCACCCUAUUUCUAGACGACAAUGUUCAGAAUAUAUCCGCUGGAAAGACUUUGGGCCUCUGGACUUGUUUGGUUGGGAAGAGUGGUGAGGGAAAGGAAGCAGAUUAUGCAAUAGAGGAAGUCAAGAAUUUGGGGGAUGUGAUACCAGAAAUCUGGGUCAACAAACAGGAUGGUGGUGACAGAAGCAGAAGUGAAUUGGAGUUGGAUCAAUUCAAUAUCUCUGGGGACCUAAUUGAAAAAGAUGUGGGCUUAGCUCUUACGGCCCCACUAUGCACAUGAUUAAAAAAAUCAUGUUAACCAGCCAUGUAUAAUGUAACUGAGCACGUGUUAAUGAAUCUAUAUGACCCAUCAAUGUUUAUCCCAAUAA